CACACGCACGUCAACAAAACAAAUUCCAAAAUCUCACCACAAAGUAAAGUUUUCGAUUUGCAAUUUAUUAAUUUAUUUUCGCUUUUAGUGACAAUGGAGGAUUCUUCAGAAAACUCUUCAGCUGCUGACGAAGUAAAAUUUAAACCCAAAAAAAGGAGAAACAUACGACAACGUGUUAAAGUAGAAGACGAUGAUUCUGAAGAUGAACAGGUGAUACUGGCCAGAUUGGAGGAAGCAAAAGAAGCUCAGAAGCUUCGAGAACGACCGAACGGCGUCAGUAUAGUUGCUUUGGCGACUGGUCAAAAAGUUACAUUGGAAGAAGAGAUAGUGUGUAAAGAUCCUUUCAAAAUAAAAUCUGGUGGCAUUGUAAACAUGCAGGCGCUAAAAAGUGGUAAAGUAAAACAAGUAGAUGACGCAUACGACACGGGAAUUGGAACACAGUUUUCAGCGGAAACCAAUAAACGCGAUGAAGAUGAAGAAAUGAUGAAAUAUAUUGAAGAACAGUUAGCUAAAAGAAAAGAGGGAAAAGUUGAUGACAAAAAGGAAUCUGAAAAUAAUGAUACAUUGAAAUACUUAUCCCCUGAAGAAGCAGCAUUACUCUCACUUCCUGAACAUCUAAGGGUAUCUUCAAUGCCUAGAUCCGAGGAGAUGUUAUCAAAUCAAAUGCUCAGUGGUAUCCCGGAAGUUGAUUUAGGUAUUGAUGCUAAGAUUAAAAAUAUUGAAGCAACUGAAGAAGCGAAAAUGAAAUUACUAUGGGAACGUCAUAAUAAAAAGGAUGGACCAUCACAAUUUGUCCCAACGAACAUGGCUGUGAAUUUUGUACAACACAAUAGGUUUAAUAUAGAUGAUAAUUCAAAGAAAAGAAAAGUAGAAAAGGUUGAAGUGAAGACAGAAACUAAUGUAAUAGAUGCAAAUGUUGAUAAGAUUGUUAAGAAAGCAAAAGGGGAGCGAGCUACUGAUGAUUAUCAUUAUGAAAGGUUUAAAAAACAAUUCAGAAGGUAUUAAAUGUAAAAUAUAGGAUGAUUUAAAAAUACAUAUUGUGUUUGUAAAAGUAUUUUAAGUGUGUUCUUUGUGUGCGUAUUUUACGCAAGUAUGGAAAGUGAGAUUUUUUCAGUAAAACUAUGUAAUAUUUAAAAAAAAAAAGGAUUUUUCAAGUGCAGUUUCAAUAUAUCCAUUAUCCACCUGGUUAUUGCAAUUCUAUCCAUAGAGAAGUCAGGAGUAAAGUGGAAGCAACUGUGCAUUUCGUCUGAUGAGUUUGUGCCGGAGGUCUAUUUUUAGCCCACAUUCCCUUUCCAACCUUUUCUUAUAAAGUAAGGAGAAGUGA